UUAUAACAGCAGAUAUCCCCCACCUUGGAACAGCUACACCUCCAUUUCAAUUGUCAAAGCAAGGCAUCGUUUUUCUCCACACCGGUCUUUUUCCCGAAUUGCAAGUACUCAUGCCGAUCUUCAACGAACGUGACUUUCCUUUACUCCCCUCUGAAAAGCAAAAGCGGAGGCUCCUCCUUGCACAUGAAGCUGCGGCAGCAUCACCCUCGAGAAAACAAAACUUGCAUGCGACAAUCAACGGCUUACCUGACGAGCUCAUCCUCGAGAUAUUGGAGUACUUGUCAGAUGCGGAAACCCCUAAGAAAAAGAUUUCGAAUGCUCUGAGUUUGGCAUGCACGAGCCGCCGUUUUUACCGAAUUGCAAUUGCAAAGGCUUAUGCGUUGUUUGACCCACGCGACUGCAAUGCCUACUUGUUCCUCCGUACCUUGAUAUCGAACCCGCAACUGGCGGCGCUCGUACAGCACGUGACAAGAGUCACCCAAGAUGACUAUUCUAAUCCGCGAUACGAACCAACAGCGCAGGAUAAGAGGGUGAUUAAAAAGGCUGUGCAGGCCCUUGAAAUCCGCCAUUGGAGAAAAUGGGUAGACAAAUGCAACAACGACCCUGGAAGUUAUGAAGUGCUGACGGGCAUAAUCCUACUACAUCUACCAAAUGUUCAAACUAUCGGAUAUGCCGGCUAUGAUCGGUCCAAGUCUCUCGCGAACGCUCCCGACUGGGUAUUCUUGAUGAACAAAGCACUCAGUUGCGAAACUGGAAAGAUCCAUCGCUUUGAAAACCUACAAACAGUCACGGUCCAUGCACUUGACUUACAAUUGUUUACUCUUGCACCUUUAUUCAGAUUCCAAUCAUUGCGCAUGCUACGGUUAAUAGAAAUUGUGGAGUUCCACAGUUCCCGUCGAGGAGAGAACAAUGCUCAGGUGCUUCGAAGAAUGAUAGAUAAAAGGGGAAAUAAUAUUGAGACACUUUCUCUAAACGGCUGUUUUUACACCAAAAGCUGUUUAGAUUUCCUAGUCUCAACUUCACGGCGUUUGAAGGCGUUCAAAUACGACAUGUCUGUGGACAUGUUACCGUGGUUCAAUGGAUCGCCCGUAGCUGUUCUUCGCAAGCUAGCCAAGAUUCUGCGACCUCAUCAAACAUCGCUAGAAACUCUUACGAUUUACUGCGAGACGGAAAUAGAAAGGUUAAGGCCUGGUCGAAUUCACGACCACAGCGGCCUGACGGAGUUUACAUCGUUGAAAGAACUCAGUUGCCCUUUGGGUAUACUGGUAGCGGAAUAUGGUAAAGAGUUUGCAAACGGACUACCGUCUUCGCUGGAGACAUUUCAAACGCGUAUCCGACCUGGCCCACACGACCGUAAACACCUUCGUUCAUUAAAACACCUGUUGGCUGGCAGUGCGACUCAUACACCUAAACUAUGUGAAGUUCGGAUGUUUUUACUAUACUCUGAUAAGAAACUUCUUGGCACACGCCUUUGGAAGCACCUCACUGAACUGGCUCGUGAGGCGGGGAUUAGCUUCGAGUAUGAUUUGCUAGAGGAUGACUUCUAUGGCGGAUAUACAGACGAUGAGAGCACAUCGAGUUCUUCGGACGAGAUGGACAUAAACAGUGAUGAGUCCAACGAUGAGUCGGAUGAUGACAGCGAAGAGGAUGGUAACAGCAGUGACGAGUUUGAAGACUAUGAAGAUUUUGGUGGAAUUGAUGGGUAUGGUCAGUAUGGUGGAUAGGGUCCGUAUGUUGCAGAGGAUGAGUAUAAUGUGUUUGACCUACUUAACUAUAGAAGCAAUGGCGGAGAUUUAAGCGACUAAUAUCACAACGGCAACGACAGUGGCGAGGACCACGAUGAACCGCUUUUUCAUAUACGGUUCGAAAUUUUAUUUCUUUCCAAGCAUAAACUGUUCAAGUUUGAACUUUCUUUUGCAGUAUUGUCAACCCAUCCCCUUUUGCAUGUCGCUUAAUGAAGCCCUUGGAGGAACAUGAAGUACUUGCUAGUUUGCAUUUACUCGUAUAAAACGCCUCAGGACAUUCACACAAUAUGUCAAAC